AUGGGAAUUCUUCACUGGGGGAGAAUUCAUCUCUUUCUAAUUUUUUUUCAUUGUGUUUCUUCUUCUGAUUGUCUUCAAGAGAGCUUUAUGGAAUGCUUCAAUUCCACAACUUAUUCAAAGCAUUCAGUUCCCAUUUCUGAAGUGGUUUUCACAAACGAAAGUGCUUCCUUCUCCUCUUUGCUGCGGCUUUCCAUUAGAAACCUCAGAUUUCUCACCAAUUCUUCUCCUAAACCACAGUUCUUGGUGACCCCAUUUCGUGCAUCUCAUGUCCAAGCUGCCGUAGUUUGUGCUAAGAAGAAGAGUUUGCAAGUCAGAGUACGGAGCGGAGGACAUGACUAUGAAGGUCUCUCCUAUGUAUCAUCACAAACUCCAUUCAUCGUUAUUGAUCUCAUCAACCUUAGCUCCAUCCAUAUCGACAUUGAAACUGAAACUGCAUCGGUGGAGACUGGAGCCACACUUGGCGAGGUCUACUAUAGAAUAGCUGAGAAAAGCCCCAUCCAUGGCUUCCCAGCAGGAAGCUGCCCCACAGUGGGGGUGGGAGGGCAUGUAAGUGGAGGAGGCUUUGGAACCCUUUUUCGAAAAUAUGGUCUUGCAGCCGACAAUGUAAUCGACGCCAAAAUUGUCGACUUCAAUGGAAGAAUCAGGGACAGAAACUCCAUGGGAGAAGAUCUGUUUUGGGCCAUUAGAGGGGGUGGAGGAGCAAGCUUUGGAGUAAUUUUAUCAUGGAAACUCAAACUAGUUUCUGUUCCUCCAGAUGUCACAGUUUUCAAUGUCCACAGAACCCUAGACCAAGGAGCAACUCAUCUGUUCCAAAAAUGGCAAAAAAUUGCACAUAAAAUGGAUCAAGAUCUCUUCCUUCAUGUGACCACAAAAGUUGUAGAUCAUAAAACCAAAUUAUCAUCUUCCAAAGAAGCAUCAUCCAAAACAAUCAAACUCUCAUUUACAUCACUGUUUCUGGGUCCAAUUGAAAGGCUCAUCCCUCUCAUGAACACCCAUUUUCAUGAAUUGGGAUUGAAAAGAAAUGACUGCACUGAAAUGAGCUGGAUUCAAUCAGUUCUCUUCUUUGCUGACCUCUCCACAGAAACCCCACCAGAAAUUUUGAUGGAAAGAUCCCCUCCAAUUUCUGAUACAUUUUUCACAGCAAAAUCUGAUUAUGUCACAUCACCAAUUUCUCAAACUGGGUUGGAAGCACUUUGGAGUAAGCUCCUAGAGGAAGAAAAAUCAGAGCUAAUUUUGACACCAUAUGGGGGGAAAAUGGACCAAAUUUCUGAAUCAGAAACCCCUUUUCCACACAGAAGAGGGAACAUUUAUGGGAUCCAAUAUUUGGCAGCUUGGGAAAAUGCUAAUGAAACUGAGAAGCACUUGAGUUGGAUGAGGGAAGUUUACUCUUAUAUGCAGCCCUUUGUUUCCAAGUAUCCAAGAGGAGCUUAUUUGAAUUAUAGGGAUCUUGAUUUGGGAAGAAACUAUGAAAGAAAUACAAGCUAUGAUGAGGCAAAAGUUUGGGGUUUGAAGUAUUUCAAAGGUAAUUUUGAGAGAUUGGUGAGAGUGAAGACCAAAGUUGAUCCUUUAAACUUCUUUUGGAAUGAACAAAGCAUUCCUCUUUGCCAUCAUCAUGAAGAAAAUGGCACAAGAAUUUUACAGGUUAACUCAUAUUUGGACUCUAAAAUUCUUCAAGAGAGAUGA